CAAAUCCGGUCUCGGGUCACCGUAUGUAAACGGCUUAAGCUCAAGUGUGAUCGUCGUACUCCCUGUGGCUCUUGUACCAAGCGAGAUACCGUGGCAAGAUGCGUAUAUUCUCCUGCAGCUGCAGAAAAAGUUGACCUCCACUCCCUGAACAAUCGACUGAGCCAAGUCGAAUCGCAACUAGCACAGUUCACC